CGCAUGAUUCUUCAACCAACCUUCAAGAAGAACUGCCCAGCACACCUCAAAAUUAGGAAGAUAAAAAUAUACCCUAAUUAUAAAUUUGCUAAUGAUGAUUCAAUCUCUAACUGGGAACGGAAGCUAAGUGUAAAGAAGCCUGAUAUAACUGAUCAGGGAUAUUUUCCUAUUGAUAAAAAUAUCAGAAAUCACAUCUACAUUGCGAAAUCAUUAAAUAGGCACAGUAAGGUAGAUCAGGAAAAUUUCUUGGAAAAGGUGAAAGAGUGGGAGUUGGAAACCACUGAUAGAUUCUUGUUUCGCCCUAGCACUACCAAAGUUGAAAAUGGUUUAAGUAAGAAAGAAGGUGGUAACACUUUGCUGUAUUGUCACCAAACAGAUUGGCAACGAAGGUUACUUGGUCGUUAUGGACAGAUUGUUUUACUGGAUGCAACCUAUAAAACAAUGAAAUAUGCACUCCCCUUAUUCUUUCUGUGUGUGAAGACCAAUCAUUCGUACAUUGUCAUUGGAGAGUUUGUGAUUGAGGACGAAACAAUUGAAAAUAUUGCAGAAGCCCUGAGGAUUUUUAGAGAUUGGAAUCCGGAAGUUCAUCCCAAUUUUUUUAUGAUGGACUACUCGUUAGCUGAGAUUGGUGCAUGUGAGUGCCCUGAUUGGGAUAAAUAUAGGUACCCUUGCAAGCAUUUUCUGGCGAUAUUCAGACUUUAUCCGACUUGGAAUUUUUCAAAGUUGCCAGAGUCUUACAGGUGUAGCCCUUUCAUUAUCUUAGAUGCCUGUCCAACACAAGAAACAACCAUAGAAUAA